AUGCCUACGUCGCCGUCGCUCGAUGAACAAGCGCCGGACGAAAACACGGAGAAUCAAGACGUGAGCACGCAGCCCCUGGGACUUGCAGCAGGAAGGCGGCCUUUUGCGAACGUUGCCGUGCGGUGUCUUGCGCGAUGGCUUGUGACGGCGGCCGUGGUCGGUGCCAUGGCUGGCAUCCUUUUCCACUAUGCCAGCAAGCCCGUCAUGGACAGCGAGGGCAAGAGGAUAUUCAACACGCUCAUCACAGGACUCUCAAUCGGCCUCGGCCUCGCCAUCACCAGCAGCCUUGACGACAUGAUCCGUGACCUACGUUGGUGCCUGCUGGCCCGUCGCCACCGCUCACGGCGCAAGGUCGAGCGAAUAUUGCAGGCCGACAAGAUAACCAACCUGCUGCAGCUGGCGUUGACUUCUCACCGACUCACCAUCCAUGGCGCCGUUACGGCUUGGAUUAUCCUGUUACUUGGCGCCCAGAUUGCAGUUUCAGCUCUCGGGCUCUGCUACUCGUUGGACGCAGCCACUGACCAGGCUCUCCUGGUGCCUGGAGACUUGCUCGUUGCCGACAUGUCGACCAUCCAGACAUACAAACUGCUGCCGUCCACCUCGGCCGAACUCGAUGCUCAGCAGUACACUGCAUACAGCUACGGGCUCAUCUCGUCUGGCUUCAACACCGCGCCCCUCGGUAGUAUCCCGGAGCCAGGCAGCAUCUUUGCCCCUGGCGACGCGCUCAUCUUCCUGGGCACCGAGUCGGCCAGCUACGUCUUCCGUGACACUUCCGCCGCCUCGGCCGCCGCCAGCGGCACCAACCCAGUCGCCAUCAUCACACCACGGUCGGUGACUGCGUCAAGCGUCUGCCGCGGAGCGCCUGUCACCCAAGGGGGCGAUGGCAGUGAUACCCAAAUCACCAUCGCGGACCCGUCCGACUCCAGCACCAGCACCACUAUCAUUCUCCCGCUCCAGGUCGCGAACGGCAGCGCCGACCAGACGACCUACAUGAUCAACACGACGCAAUCCUGCGGAGAAGGAUGCGUUCCGAUCACCGUGUUCGAAGCCUCCCUGACUAAUCCCUGGUAUUACACGUGCAACACGACCGUCAGUCCUGUGGCCAACGCCCUACGCCCGGAGCACGAGAUCAGCCUUGGCGUGCGCACCAUGGCGGCGGGUGGGAUUGCCCUGCAGGGCAUCUCGUCGUCCUGGCCGGCCAACGUCACCGUGGUCGCCCAGUCCCAGAAUUUCCCCGCCGAGGUGUUCUUCGGCCUGCCCACCAAUGGCAGCGUCAGUGCCGUGGCGCUGGUGCUCUCCGAGUUCGCGAUCGGCGUGGUCGCGUCUACCGCCGAGUGGAACGAUCCGCUCGUCAUCAAGGGCGGGACCGCACCCGCACGCGGGGACGUGCUGACCAUCAAACACACGGGUGCCGUCAUGGCGAUCCUGAUAGGCGCAGUGGUCGUGCAGCUCGUGUUGGAGGUCGGUGUGGCGGUGUGGUCGUAUCGUGUCGGCGUGCCGCCGGACGACAUGGUCUCGCAGGCACAGGUUUUGAGGCAGAUGACCAUGGUGGCAGGCUGUGUUCAUGAGAAGAAGAUUGGCAAGGCUGAGAGAUCUGAGCCCUCGUGGAUAUACAGGGCUACACCACUGGGGAGCUCUGGGUUGUACGAUUUGCAUUUCGAGAAACGGUGCUUGUAG